AUGGAAGUGAUGGUGAAAAAAUUUCAGUCAAAAUUCCAAAAGGUUAGGGAAGAAAUGAGUCAGUGGGAUGAUCUUCAAUCUCGCUUAAUUUCACAGUUUACGAAUGCUUCUCAUAUUUUGAAUAGGUUGCAGGUGCUUCAAAAAUCUAGCAAUUAUGGUAUUCUAAAUUGUGUUGCUGGUGUUAAAGAUGCUCUUUUGGAAAAGCAGAUUGGUUCUUUGAAUACCAUUUUGGUUUCCAUGAAAAGGACUUUAGAAGAGUUCCAUCGUAUUGUCUUAUCGCUUGAGAAAAUUAGUCGUGACGGUAAACAACUAGUCAAAGGUAGUUCUUCUCGCCCAACCAUGAAACAACUGCAGCAGCGUGUUGGUGUCAAACCUAGACUUAUUGAUUGCUUGGAUGGCCUUUUGUUUCUACAUGAAAUAUACUACUCAGAGUAUUUGUUAAAAACAUCAGUUGUAUCAGCAAUAUCGUCAAUAGCCUUAAUGCCCAGCAGUGCUAGUGAUCUUGGUGCCCUACAGCAACUCUUGGUUGAUCAACCAAAUAUCGUAACUGAGGAAGUUCAAUUUUUGAUGGAUACAAUAUUUGCUGAAGAUUUGCGUUGA